ACCAGGCCGCCCCCGACUGCCCGAGGAGGCACGCACCACCUGGAAGCAUCUGGAGGCGUGGCACCGCAGCCGCAGAGCAGCCGUCGCCCGCAGUUACCAGGCACCACCCCGCGGCGCCGUGCACCUCGCGGCGGCGGAGCACAUACGAGAGCACGCAGUCGAUCGGGAGGCGCCGCCGAUGGACCCGUCCGACGUCGAGAUGGAGCCCGCGGAGCAUCCGCUCCAGCCCCAGCCCCAGCAGCCUCCGCCGCCGCCGCAGGCAGCGGCGGCCGGAGAUGGGUGGAGCAUGCUGUCCCGCGCCCGCGGGCUGCUCCAGGAGGGCCAGCCGUCCCUCGCGCUGCAGGCGGUACUCUUGGCCAUAAGAUCUCAAGGUGGUGAACAGGCUCUCAUCCAGACUCUGAACCGUGCACGUGACCUCUACAGGCAGAGAUCGCAACCUGCUCCAAACAUUGAUGAGCUCGCUUCUUUGCUCGCACAGUGUGCUAUAGCAGAGGCUCAGUCAUCAAACCCUAAUCCACUAGCACCUGGUUCUGACCCUGUCACGGUGUUAAACUCUGACGAGGCCUGCAUACUUGCUGAGUGUGGAAGGAAGCAGAUUAUCCUGGACGCCUUCAACGAUGGCAGCAGCUUCAUUUGCUUGAAAUGUGGUGGGCUCUUCAGCACGUCACGCAAAGAUGAGCACCUGGCCUACUGGUGCGGGGCCGCAUGAUCCUGGUGAUAAAUCCUUGCUACUGUAUAUGGGUGCUCACCCCAGACGGUGAUCAUGAUGCGCAUGAUAUUUCGUAGAACCUGCUCUCUUUUCCGGAUACCGCUUCUCUACUGCAGGGAUGCCAGAGAUACAUCUCCUGUUCACAGAAGCAAAUACAUAGCCAACCUAGAGCAUUAUGAACUGGAAUCGACGCUUCAUUGUGCCUUGCUGUGUUCUUAUGGCACCUUUUUGCUGGUGGUAUGGUAAAAUCCUGAUAUGAUCCUCUGUUAUUUGCUCGAGGUUGUCAAAAUCCUCAUAGUCUGGUGAGGAAAAUCUUCUGUCCGUCAUUAGACGGCGUAUACUCUAUGGAAAGUUAGUUAACUGAUGUUCUGUCCCUUUUAAUUAUGAUCUGCUGAUUCGGACACCGGGAGUUGGUAUCCAUGGGCAGAUCUAUAAGAAGAUGGAACUCUGUUGUCACUA